AUGAAAAUUCAACAAACAUGUCAAGUUAUACUUCCUUCUGGCUGCCCUGUCAACAAAUCAUCUGACAUUACAAUUGAUGAAUCAAUGAAUCUGGUUAAUGUUAGCUGCUCAUCACCUCUGGCGUUACCUUUGCUUAAUGUAUCUCAAGCCACGCCUUCAAAGGAAUUAACUACUAGUUCUGUAAGCUCUGUUUACCAAUCACCUAACAACUCAUUUGAGUUUGUGAAUGUUAGCUGUUCAUCACCUUUGGCUAUACCUUUAUUACCUGAACUAACUGAAGAAACACCUACGAUCAAAUCAAUAUCUGGCUCUGUUGAUGUAAAAGUUAUUAAAAAGAAGUUAUGUUUGCUGAAACAGAUUGGAAUGAAAAAUGUAUCAGAAUUAACACCAAGAAAAGGCAAACUAUACGCAACAGCAAAAAAGUUUAUCAAAAAAGUGAAUUUAAUUUCAAAGAAAACCUGUUCUUUGAAAACCCAAUUAAAGAUGGCUAAAAAAUUUGUCAUUUCUGAUAGUUGUAACAAUUUAGCUGACAAACUAAACAAAACAACCCUAGAUUUUAUUAAGACACAGAUUAAUAUUCAACACAGAAAUCCAAAAGGCAGAAGAUACACUUUAGAUGACAAGAUUUUAUCACUUUCAAUAUACAAAACUUCACCUAAAGGUUAUAGGUUUCUUUCAUCAAUAUUUGCUCUUCCAUCAAGAUCUACUUUAACAUCAAUGUUAAGUAGAAUUCCAUUUAAACCAGGAAUAAAUUUACACAUUCAAGAAAACCUCAAACACCAGUCUACAAAAUUAAAAGAUAUUAAUAAAAACUGUAUAUUAAUUUUUGAUGAAAUGGCGUUAAGUGCUGGAUUAAGGUAUGACAAAAAAAACGACAUGAUACUCGGCCAUCAGAAAAAUCAGAAUAGCCAAACACCAAAGUUUGCUGAUCAUGCUCUAGUUUUUAUGUUGAGAAGGAUUGUUAAGAAGUGGAAACAGCCGUAUGCCUAUUAUUAUAGCACCAGCACUAUUCAAACGGUUGAUUUAGUCUCCUACUUGAAAUGUAUUGUCAGAAGUGUGAACAAAACUGGUCUUAAAGUUGUAGCAACUGUUUGUGACCAAGGAGGAACCAAUCGAGCUGCAAUAAAUUAUUUGAUGUCUGAAACAUGUAAAAAUUAUGCUGAAUGUAAUAUGGAGAAAACAAAUUUAGGUUUUGAAAUUGAUGGCCAGGAAAUAAUACCAAUAUUUGAUCCUCCUCAUUUGUUAAAAUGUAUAAGAAACAAUUUAUUUAAUAAAGAUGUCAUUUUUGACAUGGACGGUAAUACUUAUACAGCGUCUUGGGAUCAUAUUGUUGCUAUGUACGAAUUCGAUAAGAAAAAUGAAGAAUUUGAACUAAGAACUCUUGUUAAACUAAACGACAACCACAUUAACAUUGCCAGAAGCAAAAUGAAAGUUUCAAAUGCAGCACAAGUCUUUAGCCACAAAGUAGCUUCAACAAUGUAA